AUGCAAGCAGCAGGAUGACGCGCAUGCGUAUUGGAUUGUUUUGACUGAAAAUGCCGUCGGUUUCGAAAACGGCGGCCAAUGCUUCUCCGCAAACCGAGAAGCCUACUCACUAUACUUAUUUGAAGGAAUUCAGAACAGAACAGUGCCCGUUGUUCCUCCAGCACAAGUGCACGCAACAUAGACCCUUUACCUGUUUUCAUUGGCAUUUUCUUAAUCAGCGGCGAAGACGGCCCAUACGAAGAAGAGAUGGGACUUUUAACUACAGUCCCGAUGUUUAUUGCACAAAAUAUGACGAGACAACAGGCAUAUGUCCCGAUGGAGACGAUUGUCCGUACUUACACCGCACCACUGGUGACACAGAGCGCAAGUACCACCUCCGCUACUACAAGACGGGGACGUGUAUACACGAGACGGACGCCCGUGGGCACUGUGUAAAGAAUGGUCUGCACUGUGCGUUUGCUCAUGGGCCCCACGACCUCCGACCCCCGGUCUAUGAUAUCAGAGAGCUUCAAGCACAAGAGGCGCUCCAGAAUGGGCAGCUUGGGUCGGGCGAAGGUAUCCCAGACCUCCAGCCUGGUGUCCUGGCAAGCCAGGCCAUGAUAGAGAAGACUCUAACGGAAGACCCCCGAUGGCACGAUACCAAUUUUGUAUUAGCAAACUACAAAACGGAGCAAUGCACCAAGCCCCCCAGGCUGUGCAGGCAGGGCUACGCCUGCCCGCACUAUCACAACAGCAGAGACCGGAGAAGGAACCCCCGCAAAUACAAGUACAGGUCGACUCCCUGUCCCAAUGUGAAGCAUGGGGAUGAGUGGGGCGAGCCCUCCAAGUGUGACAGUGGAGAUGGCUGCCAGUAUUGUCACUCCCGCACAGAGCAGCAGUUUCACCCAGAGAUCUACAAAUCCACUAAAUGCAACGACAUGAGGCAGACUGGCUACUGUCCAAGAGGACCAUUCUGUGCUUUUGCUCACGUGGAACGGAUCCCCUCCGCAGAGGAGACGAUGAGCUCCCUGCUGAGCGCCAUACAGUCCGGCUCCCAGUCCCAGCAGUAUUCCGAGUGUCCAAUCAGUGAGUGGAACAGCGGAGGCAGCUCCUCCACUCCUGCAGGCAGCAGCAACGGCCAGAUAAAGAAUGAGGGACAUCGAGAUCAAAAGCUGAAUGACUCAGACAAGCAGCAGAACGCCGUGUUCUCCGCAGGGAACCCCUUAACGUGCAGCGUCACCUCCAGCGUCACAUCGAGCCUGGCUUCCAGCAUCGGCUCCGACAGCUCCUCGCCCACCACCCUGUCCACCAUGAACGUCAAGGCCACCCCCUUCUACCCAGGGAGCAACACGGUCGAGUCCGUCAUUGGCUCGGCUCUAGAUAUCAACUUCAGUGACAUCAACGUUGCGUCUCUUGAACAAGAUCUGGAGGAGCAAGAGGACCAAGUGGGGUUUGCAAGUCAAAGGUUGCUCGCCGGAUCGGCCCCCGUUAACAUCCCGGGCUCCCUGGGCCGCUCCUCCUCCUUUAACUCCUCGUCAUCGCUCUCCACCUCGCCCAUGAGCUCCCUGUCCCAGUCCCUCUCCCAGUCCCUGCUCGGGGGGGUGGUCUCCCAGACCCCCCAUCAGCCCUCGUCCAUGUUGGCCAAGCAGGAGCACGGCCUCCUGGGAACCCCCACCUCCUCGUCCCAGAACUCCCUAGGUUUGAACGGAGCCGCCAGCAGCAUCUGGGACUUUGUGAGCGGCAACUUCUCUCCCAGCCCGUCGCCGGUGUUCAGCAGCCUGACCUCGGGGUGCAGCGGCGGCGGGGGGGACCUGGCCCGCCUCUUCAGAGAGCUGGACGAGGCCAAGAGGAAGCUGAAGCAGUGGGAGGAAGCGUGGCACCAGGUCAAGCAGGCGUGCGAGGCGUGCCAGAAAGACGCGCUGGAGGCGAAGGAGCGUGUGAAGUCGGCGGAGGCGGAGCGCCAGCUAGCGGAGCAGAGGUGGGAGGAGACGGAGCGCAGGCUGAAGGGGACCCAGGGGGACUUUGACGCUCUCUGCCGCGGCCCCGGUACGCCCCUCCUGCGUGGUCACGGGGACCUGGACCAGCUGCCCCUGUCCAAGCUCCACUCCAUCCAGAGCCAGCUGCGCAAGGACCUGGAGCUACUAGACGGGGUAAUAUAUCAGCUACAGUCAAAGAAAUGUAUAGUUUGCCAAAAGCAUGAUCGUUGCAUUGUACUGCAACCGUGCCAACAUUAUGUACUUUGUGAGAACUGUGCGCCUAGUAAAACAGAAUGUCCUUACUGUAGAACAAAGAUUUUAAAGUGGUGAUGUACAAUUAUACAAGGGUACUAUUUAUAGAACUAGCUUUUAGUAAAGAUAUAAAAAAAACGGAUUCACAUUAUGCUUAGAAUUUUCUAAAAUUGAUAUUUGUGUUUUGAUAGUAACUUGAUACACAGAUGAUUAAUGAUGUUUGACUGGUCAAAUAACUAUUACAAAUUGGGUAGUUCAAGUUUUUUGGGAAA